AUGGAUUUUGGGGAAGAAGAAAUUCCUAGAGGUUAUAAGUUCAAUCCAACUGAUCACCAACUCAUCGAGUACUACUUAACUCCAAAAGUCCUUGGAAAAGAUAUGGGUUUUUGUUCUUGGUUCUUGUUUGAAAAAGACCUCUAUAACGACUACAGCAAUCCUCUAGUGCUGUUUGAUGAGAUUAAUCAAAACUACGAUAAAAGAUACUUUUGUGAUGAUAAAGAGAAAGGCGAACAAAUUCGCUACUUCUUCACUCCCAUAGUUAGGGUGUCUAAAACCGGCAAGAACAUACGACGAACUACGAGAGAUGGAAAGUGGGGUGAAGACGGUGGUAAAGCGAUUAUACAACCUGGAAUCAAUACUCUUAUCGGCACAAAUAAAUCAUAUAAAUUCUCGUGGAAGGGUGAUUCGGAGUAUGCAAAAAGAGGAAAACAGUCGUCUUGGAUUAUGCACGAGAUUUCGUUGCCUCAAACUUUUUAUGAUUCUCGCGGGAUGAAGGAAGAGUUUGUUGUUUGUUGGAUUAAAAGGAGGGGCGGUGCACAUGCUGACAACCAAAUACUACAACAACCACCACCCUUCCCAGUACCUCAGCCAUCAACAACAACAAUGUUAUCUCCCUCAAUCAGUGCACAUCAGGUACCACGAAAACGACAACGUUUUGAAGAACCAGAUGCUUCCUCGUCUGGAGUCCAAGAUGACAUGUUACAAACUAAUCAGCGGGAUGAUCUUUCGACCUGCAGCUCUACUGAGUCACUCCUACAAGAACAAGACAACUUGGGUGAAUUUGUUGGAUUUCUCGAGGCAGAAUUAGAAGUGAACAAUGAUGAACUAAUGAUGAAUUCAAAGUUUGGAGAGGAUAAUUCUGUUGCUGAAGCCAUGAAGAAAUGUGUACCAGUACCAGCAUCAACAACAAUGUUUACACCUUCCCUGGAUGCAGUACCAACACAACAACCGUGUUAUGACAACGGACCAUACAUGUCAUCACCACUAUGGGUACAAACACCAUCCGCAAAAAUCAUUGCACCUGAAGUAAGACCAGUGCAACCCUCAUACGUUAACUUGCAGCCAUCGACAUCUACAUUACCAAUAAUAACGGCUGAUGCGGGGUCAUUAUUUCAAGCACCAUCAACAGAAAUAUUUUCAUCUACAGAAGUAACACCACUGAAUAAUAAUGACAACUGCUGUGAUAUGAUGGCAGAGUUCAGCCGAACGAGCAUUUUACUGGAUAACCUUGACGACAUAAUCAUGGGUAGGGUGGAAGAUACUGGUGACAAGGAUGAUAUCAACUUUGAUGAAAUUUUCGGAUAA